AUGUCACGUCAGGCUAAUCAAAGUCAGCCCAUAUACGGUAAGUAUUUUAGAAGAAAUGAUGGAGUAUGCCAGGGUAGUGUUAAUUCAUAUUCCUGGGGGCUUGGAGUUGAUGCACGAAAAACUAGCUUAGAACUAACAGAUCCAUUUAGAAUAGUAGGUACGCACCCUGAGAAUGUCCCAAUGGAGUAUAAUGAAGAGAAAUGGUUAUUCGAUAUCAUGGUUAUUGACAUACGUGGUACAGAAGACAAAAAAGGUUGCACCGAAUGCAGAUGUGACCAUUAUAAUGUCAAAAGUGAAGACUUUGUAAGCAAAACUGGUAUUGAUGGGAAACCAAUGUCUGUAACAUGGGUUGAUUGGGAUCAAUACCAAGUGCCUAUUAAGUUUUACAUACUUGAUGUUACUGAUCAAGUGACAUAUAAUGGCUCCGAACCAAUUCAUAAUUGUAUGGUAGAGUAUUCUAUCACUCCACAAAAUACUGACAUUGGGCAUUAUCAUAUUAAAAAGACAAAGAUCCCAAUGAAAAAGGGUGGUAAUCUAAUCUACUCUACAGCUCACGUACAUCCAGGAAUCGUUAAUGCGACUUUAUAUGGGGAGAAUGGAAAGGUAUUAUGUGCGGUUCAACCAACAUACGGCACAGGAGAAGAGCCAGGAAAUGAAAAAGGCUAUGUUGUUGGAAUGUCUGGUUGUUAUCCAAAACCAGGCUCUAUCAAGAUUCAGGAUGGAGAAAUAUUAACUGUUGAAUUCAUACAUGAAAACAAAUAUAAUACUGGACUUAUGGGACAUUUCUACGUGUAUUUGGCAGAAGAAUUACCAUAG